UGUUCUUUUUAAGACAUGGGCUGGCGCUGCCCAUCCUUAAUUUAGCUGUCCUUUUCCCCAGUUUCUUCUUUAUUUUUUUUCCUUUAACUUCACCAUUUGUAGCGGUUGCAGUUCAUUGACUCUGCUCUCUCUCUCUCUUCUCCAUUAUUUUGCUCUUUCGCCCUCCUAAUCUCUGGAAGCCAUAGUUGAGGACCCGUCGAGUCGAUCAAAGCGCGCUGGCUUCUGUCGGAGCUUGGGGAGGACUGGAUUGGAUGUGGAGGAGGGGAAUCGAUCCUUCGCUGGCCUUUGAUCCCUUGCUGCCUCCGUGGUAAAACGCUUGGGACGGAGGCGCAAAGCGUAGUGCUUCAAAAAUUCUUCGAGAAUCUGUGGCUCGUGACAUGAUGGGCAUUGGGAAACUUGGAUUGGGCUUCUGUAUCCUUGCGACCAUAACUCUUCAGUGUGUCUGUGGUUCGUUCACCCCUGCAGACAACUACCUGAUUGACUGUGGGUCUUCAAAUAGCACGACCAUCGACAACAGAACUUUUGUCGCCGAUGCGUCCGCUUCUUCUACCCUCACAGCCCCAAAUAGCAUCUUAGCCAGCACCUCAUCGAGCUCGGUAUCGGCUCUCUACCGAACUGCACGGAUCUUUACCCAGCCCUCCUCAUACUCAUUCUCGAUCCAGAAGCAUGGCUGGCACUUCAUCCGCCUCCAUUUCUUCCCAUUUGUGUACAAAAGCUACAACCUUGUGACUUCAAAGUUCACAGUCUCAACCCAGGAUGUUGUUCUCCUCCAGAAUUUCCAGCCACAGGGGAAUUCUUCUCCUGAGUUGAAGGAAUAUUUGGUCAACAUGAAUGAGGACACCCUCUACCUGUCCUUCAUACCAGUGGGAAACUUAUCCUUUGCCUUCAUAAAUGCUAUAGAAGUUGUUUCGGCUCCUGCUGACCUACUUAAUGGUUCAGCCAGCACCAUUAAUCCUUCCGGGGAAUACCAAGGUUUGCUAGGGCAGGCAUUGGAGACAGUUUACAGGAUCAACAUGGGUGGCCCAAGGGUUACUCCGGAUGGCGAUACUCUGUGGAGAACCUGGGUUAACGAUAGCAGCUUUAUAGUUAACAAGAGUGUUGCUGAAUCUGUUUCCUUCUCUGGAUCACUUAAUUAUCAGCCAGGACUAGCCACUCAAGAGACUGCCCCCAAUAUCGUCUAUAGCACAGCGACCAGGUUGGUGGCAUCAAAUACUUCUACUGCACUUGUUAACGUAACUUGGCAGUUCAACGUAGACGCAGAUUCUAGCUACUUUAUCCGGCUUCAUUUCUGCGAUAUAGUUAGCAAGGCACUUGUAGAUCUCUACUUUAAUGUUUAUAUCGGUAACUGGCUUGUGCUUGGUAAUUUUGAUCUCACUAGUAAGACAACAAGUCUGGCUGCACCUUAUUAUGUCGAUUUCGUAUUGGCGGCUAGUGAUGCAUCCAGUAAGCUGCAUGUUAGUAUUGGCCCUUCAACACUAUCCGAUGCUGUGGCUGAUGGCAUUCUAAAUGGGCUUGAGAUUAUGAAGAUGAGGAACUCCAAUGGUUCUGCCAUUGUUGUUGCACCACCUGGCUCGAAGAAAAACUUUGGUGUAAUAUUGGGUUCGGUCGUUGGAGCAAUUGCUGUGGUGAUUGUUGCUUGUGUAUUUUUUAUGGUGUGUCGGAGAAGGAAAAUCGCAAGGAAGCACCACUCAAAGACUUGGAUGCCUUUCUCAGUCAACGGACUGACUUCACAGAGUACAGGGAGUAGAACUUCCAAUGGCACUGCUGCUACAUCUGGGCAAAAUGUGAGCCUUGGUUACCGGUUUUCCUUUAUUGUUCUGCAAGAGGCAACAAACAACUUUGAUGAGAAUUGGGUAAUUGGAGUAGGAGGUUUCGGGAAGGUCUACAAGGGAGUGCUAAAAGAUGAGACCAAGGUCGCCGUCAAGAGGGGCAAUCCGAAAUCCCAACAAGGCCUCAAUGAGUUCCGCACUGAAAUUGAGUUGCUAUCACGGCUGCGCCACCGUCAUCUGGUUUCUCUUAUUGGGUACUGUGAUGAGCGGAAUGAGAUGAUUCUUGUUUAUGAGUACAUGGAGAAAGGGACUCUUAAGAGCCAUCUCUAUGGUUCCGACCUUCCUAGUCUUAGUUGGAAACAGAGGCUGGAAAUAUGUAUCGGAUCAGCCAGAGGGCUUCACUACCUUCACACUGCUUUUGCCAAGGCUAUCAUCCACCGUGAUGUUAAAUCUGCAAAUAUUCUACUUGACGAGAAUCUCAUGGCUAAGGUUGCAGAUUUUGGGCUCUCAAAGACUGGACCAGACCUGGACCAGACCCAUGUUAGUACUGCAGUGAAAGGGAGUUUUGGUUAUCUUGAUCCGGAGUAUUUCCGAAGGCAACAGCUGACAGAGAAAUCAGAUGUGUAUUCAUUUGGAGUGGUUCUGCUUGAAGUGCUUUGUGCAAGACCAGUCAUUGAUCCCACCCUUCCAAGGGAGAUGGUGAACUUAGCAGAAUGGGCAAUGAAGUGGCAGAUGGGAGGAGAGUUGGAGCAGAUUGUUGAUCCUCGGAUUGCAGCAACAAUUAGGCCUGAUUCUCUGAGGAAGUUCGGCGAGACAGUCGAGAAAUGCCUGGCAGAUUAUGGCGUGGAGAGGCCCACAAUGGGAGAUGUGCUGUGGAAUUUGGAGUAUGUGCUGCAACUCCAAGAGGCAGAGUCAGGGACCUCUGAGGUUAAUAGCAUCAACCGGAUUGCUGGACUUUCUUCACAGGUUCAAAACAUCAGGAACCUCGAGAGUGCAACUGUUGGGGGAGUUGGUACCUCAAGUUCCAAUGAUCUUUCUGAAGUCUCUGGGAGUAAAGUUUUCUCUCAGUUGAUCCAUGCUGAAGGGAGGUAAGUUGGUUAUUAUUUUCUGAAAUACAGCUUGCAGUGGAGACUUCUAAAAAGUUAUUAGUCUGUUUCAAAUGUGACCACUUAGUCCUUUAUACAGAGUUUUAUGUUGGACGCUUGAGUUUUUUUAGGGGAUUUCCAGUUCAUUCUUUUUAUGUGUGUUUGCUCGCAUACUCGCGUACAAACAGUCUGACCAUGUAAUUACAGUGUAGGUUUGUAAUAAUACCUUCCAUUUGAUUGUUCAUCAUCAUCAUCAUCAGUGGAAAUCCUGUUUAUA